CAUCUCGGAUACACGUAUCUCCUCUCCCUCUGCGCUCCGCAUGCCUCCCACCUUCUUUCUCUCCGUUUAAAACAGUAGCAGCUUCAGCUCCCUCACUGAGGAAAAGCACACUGUCAAGGUCCAUUGGUACCAGUCCUCGCUGCUCUUCGAGGAAUAUCAGACCAGUGCGCACAUGGAGGCAAACCGCAGUGGUCCAACAGGAAGCACGCCACCUUCCUCAUCUGCAGAGCAACCUGAGGGGCGCAUUUAUGAGGUAGCAGUGCAGAGCAACUCCACCAACCACAGCUCCCAGUUUGCAGACGUGGCCCUGCUGCAGACGUUCAAGCCUCUCAUCAUCCCUUGUUACGUGCUCGUGGUUGUCGUGGGCGUCGUUGGGAACUACCUGCUCCUCUACGUCAUCUGCCAAACCCGCAAGAUGCACAACGUCACCAACUUCUUCAUCGGGAACCUGGCCUUCUCGGACAUGCUCAUGUGUGUGACGUGCGUCCCCUUCACUCUCGCCUACGCCUUCAAUCCACACGGUUGGGUCUUCGGCCGCUCCAUGUGCUACUUGGUCUUCCUCAUCCAACCCGUCACUGUUUACGUCUCCGUCUUCACGCUCACAGCCAUCGCUGUGGACAGAUAUUACGCCACGGUUCACCCGCUGAAGAAGCGAACCACUGUGGCCACUUGUGCCUACGUCCUCAUCGGGAUCUGGCUGCUGUCCUGCGGCCUGGUGGCUCCUGCGGUGACUCACACCUACCAUGUCGAGUUCAAAGAAGAAGGCUUCACCAUCUGCGAGGAGUUCUGGUUGGGCCAGGAGAAGGAAAGACGGGCCUACGCCUACGGCACGCUGCUGAUCACAUACGUCCUCCCCCUUUCGGCCGUCUUUGUCUCCUACCUCUGCAUCACCGUCAAGCUGAAAAAGUGCAUCGUCCCCGGAAACAGGUCGCAAGACCAGGUGUGCGUUCACCAGGCCCGAAAGAGGAAGAUCUUCCGCCUCGUCGCUCUGCUGGUGUCUGCCUUUGCCGUUUGCUGGCUACCCAUUCACGUGUUCAACGUUCUGAGAGACAUCGACAUCCACCUGAUAAACAAGCGUUACUUCCUACUCAUCCAGCUGCUGUGCCACCUCUGCGCCAUGAGCUCCUCCUGCUGCAACCCCUUCCUCUACGCGUGGCUUCACGAUCGCUUCCGCACAGAGCUGAGGAAGAUGAUGAAGUGCAACCGUCGCGUUGGAGUCCCCGCCAGCCACUGCGCAGCUGGAGUGGUUUUGUAACCUGCUUAUUUGUAUUUUGUGCAGCUGGGAACUUGACCAACGCUAUCCAUCAACAUGAAGUAUAGGUGCAACUCAGCCAUUGUCGAGCAGUAAAUAAUCUCCUAUGCACAAACCAAAAUCAAAUUCGCUGCUGUUCCAUCCGUCUGAAUGCGCUUCAGAAAACUGCCUCUAAAAACUGUCAGUAAAGCAUUAAAAAAAGACUUUAAAAACAGUGGAAAAGAUGUGAUGGUGUCACUCAUCUUCAAGAUUUGUAUAUAUGAUUAAACUUAAGAUAUUUACUGAAAAGCAAUCAUUUUUAUUGUUCAUGUAAGCAGUAAGAAGGAUUUGUUUGUUAUUGAAAACCAUAUACUGAGAAAAUAAGUGACAUUUUCAAUUCAAACAUCCUAUUUGUUGUAAAGUAUUGAAUAAAUAGGCAUAUGAGAUCAAAAAUAAAGAUAUUUAUUGUUUUUAGUCUAUUAUUCAGCCAUCUUGAUUGUUGCAAAGUCUCCAUUUAGCUUUCAAGUGUUUCAGUGUCUGGUUCAUGUAACAACUUUGAUGUGUUAAAGUCAUGGCCUCAAACCUAAUGAGAAUAAUUUAUGUGCAAAAUUGAAGAAAUCUUGAAUGUUUCGUACAAUGUCAAGAGUUUACAGAGGAAUUGUAAUGACUAAAUGGAUUCUGAUUUAUAAUUUUGUUUAUUAAAGAUGAUGCUCUUCAAGCUCACAGUCCUUCAAUAUCUUAUGCAUAAAUUGCAAAUGCAGGCAGAACGCUCAAUAUUUGCAAGCGUAUUGUUUGCAGGGAGUAACUACCUGGAAAAACGUGAGACGCUGAAUGUCACCGUUAAACGAGAGGAUCACGACCGAGACAAGAUUGAAAUUGAUGAAAAAAAAGGUUUAUGUGGAAAGGAAAUGAAGGGAAAAUUAAACUAUCAAUUCAAAACACUUUUUAGAAACGGUCACUACAUGUGACCAUUUUUAUUUGAUUGGUUCUAGUGAGGCUCUCGCGUCAGAUUGGAUCUUCGCAUCCUUCCUGAAGCAGUGUGAGGUUAAACUUAUGAGGCUGCGCCCUGAGGCUUUCAUUGCCUUUAUGCCAGCAGCAGACGAAUGCACACCUACAUCGAAGUCGUCGUCUUAUUUUUGAACGUGAUCAUUUGAAAUUGCCUGUAUAUAAAACAAUCUGAUGAUCAGUAUUGUAUUGUGCUGCGUAUGCUCUGUUCCUCAUGGUUUUGAAGUUGGUAUGAAUGUCAUAUUUCUCUGUAGCAGAGGCUAUAGCUGUCAAAUUGGCCUAACUGUCCACUUUUACUAUUGUGUUUCUUGCAGAGCUACUAUGUCAUGUCAUUGACAUGCUUCUGUAUGAACUUAUCUGUCUCAGUGAUGAUUAUUUAUAGAUACAUGAAGGACAAUUACUGUUGCAUGCAUUGAUUUUUUUUCUUUGUUAAUAAGGGAUUGAAUUGGUUUUAAGUAAAACAAUGCAGCAAACCAUACUCAGUUUGGUUUAGAGAAAUAAAUUAAAGCUGAUAUAAUGGGCCAAGCCAGUCACGCAAUAUAAAUCUACCAUAAUUUCCGUACUAUAAGCCGCAAAUUUUUUUCUCAAGAGUUAAAAACUCACACUCACUUCCUCCGUAUCUCUUCGUUGCUGGUCUCAAUAUCACUUUCAUCUCAAGACAAAUUCACUUGCGGCAGUCUAGCUUUUUCAAAUUCUUUGGUUCAAAGCCGAUUAGGCUCAUCGUGACCAAUUACUUUUCCUGGUCUUCUAUUUAAUAAUUUUUUUUUUUUUUUU